AUGGCAGGGAGAGAGGGAAGGCACUAUAUUAGUUUAGAUGUCAUAAAGAAGGAUUUGAUUGACAAAUCCAGUGAUAAUAUGAAUGUGUGUAGAUGUCAGGCUGAUGAAUUCAUCCGAGCAAAUGCCACCAGCAAGCUGACAGUCAUAGCUGAGCAAAUCCAACAUUUGCAGGAACAAGCCAGGAAGGUACUGGAAGAUGCUCACAGAGAUGCCGACCUGCACCAUGUAGCUUGUAAUAUGGUGAAAAAACCUGGCAACAUUUACUACCUCUAUAAACGGGAGAGUGGUCAGCAGUAUUUUUCCAUCAUUUCUCCAAAGGAAUGGGGAACAAGUUGUCCACAUGACUUCCUUGGUGCCUACAAGCUACAGCAUGACUUGUCCUGGACUCCGUAUGAGGACAUUGAGAAGCAAGAUGCUAAAAUCAGCAUGAUGGACAAGUUGCUAAGCCAGUCAGUGGCCCUGCCUCCAUGCACUGAACCCAACUUCCAGGGACUGACUCACUGAGAGUGGGCUCUGACAAACAGCUCUCACAGGACCCGGCUGUCACCUCCUUGUUGACCCCAUUGUUAUCUUGAGAAUUGAGGACACGUAGGUGAAUCACAGACUUCUUGGAAAGAGACCCUGUGGGAAUGUAAAUGCUGUCAUUAUGACUUUUAAUUGGGAUGGUAAUAAUCAUUGAGACAGAGUCACUGUCUUUCGGGAUCCUUUCUGGACCACAGAUACCCAAGUCAGUCAGUUUCAGAGUAUUGGCCAAUGUACUUUCCUUCUUCCUCUCCAUCACUUCUUCCCUUAAGUUAAAGUGUUAGAGAAGACUUUCUUCUUCCCAUAAAAAGGUUGGUGGAUCG